UUUCAGUUUCGUGGGCAGAAUCUUCUUGCGCUGCUUGUUGUUCCAUGCUUGUGCUUGUAGGAGUCCAUUACUAACUCUCUGCGAGUCCUAGCUCACGCAGACGGCAUCUCCUCAUAUCUUUCUAGCUUUUCAAACUAAUCAUCAUCAUGCGUGAAGUUAUCUCCAUCCAUGUUGGCCAGGCCGGUGUACAGAUGGGCAACUCCUGUUGGGAGCUGUACUGUCUGGAGCACGGUAUCAAGCCUGACGGUCAUAUGCCUCCAGAGGACAAACCCGCUGCCAAGAUCGACGACUCGUUCAGCACCUUCUUUAGCGAGACCGGAGCUGGGAAGCAUGUUCCUCGUGCUAUAUUUGUGGACCUGGAGCCAAACGUUGUUGAUGAAGUACGUACUGGUCCAUAUCGCCAGCUUUUCCAUCCUGAGCAACUGAUCAGUGGCAAGGAAGAUGCUGCCAACAACUACGCUCGUGGCCACUACACUGUUGGCAAGGAAAUGAUUGACAAUGUACUGGAUCGUACCCGCAAGCUGGCUGACCAGUGCACUGGUCUGCAAGGCUUCCUCAUCUUCCAUUCCUUUGGUGGUGGUACUGGCUCUGGUUUCUCCUCGCUGCUCAUGGAACGCCUGUCUGUAGACUAUGGCAAGAAGUCCAAGCUGGAGUUUGCUAUUUACCCAGCACCACAGAUCGCUUCUGCUGUUGUUGAGCCGUACAACAGUGUGCUGACCACGCACACUACAUUGGAGCACUCUGACUGUGCAUUCAUGGUUGACAACGAGGCCAUCUACGAUAUUUGCCGUCGCAACCUUGGCAUUGAGCGGCCCUCAUACGCCAACCUCAACCGUUUGAUUGCUCAAGUUGUGUCCUCUAUCACCGCAUCACUUCGAUUCGAAGGUGCACUGAAUGUGGACUUGACUGAGUUCCAGACCAACUUGGUGCCAUACCCACGUAUUCAUUUCCCCCUCGUCACCUAUGCACCGAUCAUCAGUGCUGAGAAGGCUUACCAUGAGCAGUUGAGUGUUGGAGAGAUCACCAAUUCCUGCUUUGAGCCGGCCAACCAGAUGGUGAAGUGUGACCCGCGCCAUGGCAAGUAUAUGGCGUGUUGUCUGCUGUACCGUGGUGACGUAGUGCCUAAGGAUGUCAACGCUGCAAUUGCUACUAUCAAGAACAAGCGCACUGUGCAAUUCGUUGACUGGUGCCCAACUGGCUUCAAGGUUGGUAUCAACUCUCAGCCACCCACAGCUGUGCCAGGUGGUGACCUGGCCAAGGUGCAGCGUGCAGUCUGCCUGCUCUCCAACACCACUGCUAUUGCCGAGGCAUGGGCCCGUCUUGAUCACAAAUUUGACCUAAUGUACGGCAAGCGUGCUUUCGUCCAUUGGUACGUAGGUGAGGGCAUGGAGGAAGGCGAGUUCUCUGAGGCCCGUGAAGACCUUGCAGCUCUUGAGAAGGACUAUGAAGAGGUGGGCAUGGACACUGUUGAUGGGGAGCAGAUUGAGGAUGAAGAUGAGUAUUGAGCAUUGCCAACAACUUCCCCUAUAUUAUAUUCCUCAACUGAUUUUUUGCAAGCCUUUUGCAUGUGCUUUCGCUGCUGACCAAUUUUGACUUUUUCUCUGUCUGACCAAACAACUUGAAGCAAACUAUUUUUUAGUCCAUUCUAUGAA